AUGGCGGAACCACUCGUCUUCAGAGUAGGUAAACUUGUGGAUGAUUUCCCAGAGGCUGCAGAAUUAUGGGGCACUGGCGACACCGAGAUGGAGGAUACCUUUUCCUAUCUCCAAAGUAUAGUGCCCGAUGCGGAAAAGCGGGUCCUCAGCGACGAGAGCGACAAGGACAUCGAACAAUGGCUGGAGGAUCCCAAAGAUGCUUUCUAUGAGGCGGAGGACUUACUCGAAGAAUGGAGCAUUGACGUCAUGCCAUUACGAGAAUCGCCGAGCAAAGACGAGAAGUUGAAGCAGGUAAUUCCCUCCUCCUCUUCGCCUUCUGAAAAACCUGAUUUAAGGCUGGAGAUGAGAACCCGUGCGAAGGAAAUCAGGAAGACUAGAAGCCAUCGCUGCAGAAGGGACGGAUUUGGGCUUGCGAGAGUGCGUGUAGAGAGAAGAGAGCGGUUGGACGCCUUUGUGUGCGAUGAGGAGAUUAUAGGGAGAGAAGAUGCUAAAAGCGUAAUUUUGAAGUUCUUGCUAGAUUCUAAAACUGAUGAUCAAAUUCCCGUCCUUUCAAUAUGGGGUGACGAUGGGGUUGGAAAGACUGCUCUCGCUCGAUGUCUAUACGAAGAUGACUUGGUCAAGAAGCAUUUUGAUUUAAGGAUUUGGGUUAACGGCUUCGGUAAUCUCGAAGGGGAAUUGCGAAAGAUCAGAGGAAGAGAGACAACAGGGAGAGAAGAUGACGUGUUGCGGUUGCAAAGAUAUCUCCUAGUUAUUGACGAUCUCCAGGAUGAGGAUCGUGGACAAUGGGGAGCUUGA